AGUGUCUUUUGAGCUCGUCUCAUAUACCUGCUUGGCAAAGCUUUUUGCUCCCCUUUUUAGUGCUUUCAUUUUUAUCUAUUUUGCUACUGCGUUCGAAACAAUGCCAAAAAAUUGUGAAUGUUUGUUUGUUGGCAAACCUAUCAAGUCAAACAACACUUCUUGUCUCCCUACUUUUUCAUUUCAUUCUUCCAGGCUGCAUUAAUAAUAAUACUUUUUCCCACCCAUCUCGUUAUAUUCAAUUAGCUCUGCCGCGCUUAUUGUUUUGUAAUUUCCAAUACUUUGUUACUGUCAACAGGACAAGCCACACUCCCACAUCACAUCACAUCACAUCACAUCACGUUUGGCCUUUUACCUCACAAAGAAAAAAUAAUGACGGCAUACCGCAGCUCGCUUUCUAAAGUCGCCUUGGCUGCAAUGGCACUUGUACAAGCUGUAUCAUGCGUGCUAUACAUCCCAACGACAUCCAUCGAAGACACGUCGGCGUACUACGAGGCCGUCAGUAACAACUGGAGCAACGUUCACAGCCAGCUUCAGGGACAACUGGAUGAGUAUUCCAAGGAGCAAAACUAUGGCGCCUAUGUAGUAAUGGAAUCGAUAUAUGGCGCCACCAUCCCCAAAGAGUACAAUGAGGAGUACUUGUCUUCACUCAUGAGUAAACUCAACGAUGUUGGAACGUACACGUGGGAUGGCAAGGAGCUCGAGAGCAUGUCGGAAACAUACCAGCAGGGGCACGGCAAGAAUAACAGCAUUGAAUCCAAGGAGGGGAGUAGCUCUGGAAAUGGUGCUGGUGCGCGUGCAUGGAGCUCAUGGACCGGUUCCAUUGUGCUGGGUUGCAUGGCGCUGGCCAUGGCUGCGCUUUAAAGUUUAAAUAUUUUAUACUUUUCCAUAUUGUAAUGCAAUAUAUUUGUACUCAGC